CCAGAAUUUUCACCGAUCUCAGGACGUCCAAAUCAUGUGACCAAAAUCUCUGAAACUAUAGCUAAUUCAUCCUUAUCAGCCGAUGAGAAGGAUUAUAUAAAAAUGCUUAUGGGGGGUAUUGAUGAUGAGACUCUCUAUGGGAGUACACCAUACGUAAACGAGGCUAAAGUAGAGAAAGAGGUGGUAAACGAAGUUAAAUCAGAUGGUGAAAACGUUCCUAAUAGUUCAGGAGAGGAAGUCGAUCAUGAUUUCACAUCCCAUCCAGUGGAAGAAACGAAUGAUGAUAGUGACU